AGACGUCAUAAUUUUAUAAUUAAUCCCGGUCGGAUUUCCUUAUAUAGAAAAUUGAAGAAGAAAUUGCAUUUUUCUUAAAGAAAAGUUAAUAAAAUGGCACAAAUUUCGGCAACCGAAGCUCCAAACAUGCAACAAAUCGAUUUAAUGUCACUUUCUAUCCAACAAUUGCAAACGUUAAAGUCUCAAUUGGAUGCGGAAAUUAACUUCUUCACGGAAUCAGUCGGACAGUUAAAAACAACCUUGAACAAAUUUCACACAUCAAAAGAAUGUUUGGAUACAAUAAACCCAAAUAUGAAUGAUCGAAAUGUUUUAGUGCCGUUAACUAGUUCGUUAUAUGUACCAGGGAAGUUAGUUAAUUGUGACGAAGUUAUGAUUGAUAUUGGAACGAGAUAUUAUGUUAAAAUGGCUAGUGGCCAAGCCACGGAUUAUUUUGUUAGAAAAAUAGAUUUCGUUACUAAGCAGAACGGCAAAAUUCAACAACUUUCGAAAGAAAAACAAGCUAUAAGACAAGCUAUUUUGGAAGUUAUAGAGAUUAAACUUCAACAAGCACAAAGACAAUCUUAAUUUAAGUUUAAAUUAACUUCAUCUUGAACAUGUUAAAAUUAAUCAUUAAAACGAGUAAUUUGGUUGUAUAAGAAAUUAUUUUAUUGCGCUUUUUAUUUACAAUUUGUCUUAAAAUCUCACAUUAUAUCUUAUAAUAAUAAUAACACCGAUUUUGAA